AUGAUGUGGCUAAAGGAACGCAUUUUGAAGUGGUUUCAGUUCUUGGUUUUAAGGUUCAUUAAGAAUGGCGAACUGCCAAAACACGUGGCACUUAUCAUGGAUGGUAAUAGACGUUAUGCGAAUAGACAUAACUUGACGAAAGCAGAGGGAUACUCAAAAGCGUUCGACAAAAUGAUUGAGAUGAUAUACUUGUGCAGGGAUCUCGGUAUUGCAGAAGUCACAGCUUAUGCAUUUAGUAUAAAUAACUUUAAACGUAGCAAAGAAGAAGUUGAUGGUCUCAUGGAUCUUGCGAGGCAGAAGUUCAAGCGUCUCUUAGAAGAGAAGGAAAAAUUGAAGGACGGUGGAAUAUGCAUUCGUGUGAUUGGCAAUUGGUCCCUAAUACCAGAAGAUUUAUGCAAAUUAUUUGCUGAAAUUAUGACUGUUACUAGAGAAAAUAAUAGAAUAAUUCUAAAUUUUGCUGCUUCUUAUGCAUCAAAGAAUGAAAUUACUCAUGUAAUUAAGGAUAUAACACAAGGUGUACAGGAUGCUGAUAUUUUACCUGAAGAUAUUAACGAAGGUCUGAUUACUGAUUGUUUGUACACUUACAAGUCUUCAAACCCAGAUUUAUUAAUUCGUACUUCCGGAAUAACUCGACUUAGCGAUUUCCUCCUGUGGCAAAUUUCCGAUACUUGUAUCUACUUUAGUGAAGUAUUGUGGCCUGAAUUCAAUCUAUGGAAUUUUCUUAGUGCAAUUUUUUCUUAUCAGAAAUGUCAUUCCAGCUUGCAGAAAAAUAGAAAAAAAUCGAAACCAAUUGUGCAUAAUAAUAGAGUAUCCAAGUUUAUUAAUAAGUUGCAUAACAAACGCGAGAUAACAAUCGAAAAUAUUUACCUAUCACCGAAUGGAGGAUAA